UAUAUGUAUUUUUUCAAUGCCCAGGUUUAACAUUUACCCAACCCUUUUACGUUAGCACAAGCUGAUCUUAAUUACAAGUAUGGACUACAGACUUGUUAUUAUCUUAGCAAUCGCCAUAAACGCACUCACCUGUGAAGCCUUGGUGUGUGCCAUUGGCCAGGUAACAAAGCUCGGGUCAUACAGAUACCGCUGGGCACGUAGAAGGAUGACGUGUUCAGAUAAUGACGUAUGUUUCAAACUUGAAAUAUCGUCGCCAGCAGAAGCGAAUGGAGUUCACUACGCUGAGUUCAUAAGAUGGAAAUGUAUUGAUCCCAGCAUAUGUUCGAUGUCGUGCCCUGAUGUUCUGCAACAUAUAUAUGAUACUGACUAUCUAAAGAGGAGCAUUGAUAGAGUGGAAAGUGAAACAAAAGAAUGCCGCUUUGGCUGCUGUAGAAACCAACAAUGUAACUACAACACUGUCAAUAGAAUGAAACAACGCAUUCAAUCUGGAGAACUCAUUGGCGUUCCUUAAUUUAAAGUUUCAUCUAAUCUGUCUAUCUUGUAUUAUAAAUAUAAAGCCAUGCCCACUUAUUGGUUAUAAAAUUAUAGCAGUGACAAAACACUAAAACAUUUGAUUAUAAUUGUUCAUAUAAAUUACUCAUUAUAACAGCAUCUGUGUAUAUUAAAUAUCAUGUUCAAAAUGGUCCCUUUCUUAUCGAAACUGGUUUAAAAAAAGAAGUAACUUAACCAAUAGAGAAUUCGAAUGAUAAAUUAAGCAGUGUUAACUCAAAUGAAUACAUUUAACUCUACAUGGAGACAAUGAAUGUAUGAAGUUACA